AUGGACAGUGUCACCGCAGAGGCAACAGCCAAGAAGCUCGUUUCAGUGCUGGCGCUCGACGCAGGCUUCGAAGGCAUCACCGCCUCCGCCCUCGAAUCGCUCACACGUGCCUUUGAAAGCUAUACCCAGCAAAUGUACUCGAUUGCACACUCGUUCGCAGAUCUCGCAGGACGCACACGGCCCGACCUCCACGAUCUUCAACAGGCUUUCGACGACAUGAACGUGAGGCCUACAAGUCUGGCAUCCUAUAUCAGAGCUGCCUCAAAUUCAAGUAUGCAACGCAUCUUUGCAGCCAACUGCUUCAAUGGGCUUCUUUGGGAGCUGAAGAGAACAGCCAUUCACAUAUCUAAUCCCGAUCCGCCAUGUAUGUUUGCAUUCUUCUCACAACUAUUAGAAACGCCAUUGCUUAGAGGGCCACUGCAGGAGACGGUACCAAAACCUCAGAAAAAGAAGGAGAAAAAGACAGUGUUUCUGGAUUCCGAUAUCGAGGAUAAUUCGGACAGCGAUGAUGAAGAGCCAAUGGCGACAUCAACCCCGGGAACCAGAAUCACAGCCAGGACAGUAGUACCGGACCAUCUUCCACCGUUCCCCAGUAAACACUCGUACAAGCAGACUCCCGUGUUUGUGAAACGACCAACAGAUCCACAAAAGAUUCGGGAACUCAACACGGAGCAAUCACGCCUGGUGGAAUCUAAUCUGAAACGACUUAUGGCGGCCGAGAACAAGGUCGCCAUGGCAGCAGCACACAAGGACGGGACGACGGCUGGUGUCACGACAGAUCUCUUGAUCGUCAAGGAAGAGCAGGAACCAGCCGAAAGCGUUGAUCGACGAGCACUUACAAAACUUGAAGCCCUACCCGUAGUCAAUUACGAGCUUUCGAAACGACAGCAGCUAUUGAGCGUCUCCAACCGCGACAGUAGUCAUCGACAGAUACAACAAUUACAUGAGCUGCAGGGGGGUCAUCAUCGCGGAGAGUCAUUGGGCGGUAGCCUGAGUGGCCCUGGAACGGGCGCAGCAGGCAGCGUGUUGAACUUGAAAGCUGAGUGGAGAAAGGAACGGCGGAGGAUGCGCAAAGAGCAGCAGAACGCCAUGGAAGAGAUGGAACAAAAUCUGCAUCAUAAGCGGCUACGGCAGGAGAGUAGCCAUAAUAGUCAGUUGAAACUCGUUAGCAUGGACAUCGAUGCACAGUAG